GCUGGGUUCAACAAGCAUCAUCAGCAGAGAGGUGCAUCGCAGCGAACCCACCAGACUACUACAACCGACCACUUUCUCACCACCCCCAUCAUUCGCCAGUCCGUAACUUUGAUGCACAAGAGCAUGCCGCCUCGCUCGUCCCACCUCGCGACCUCUCGCGACUCGUUCCCGUUCGUCAUGGAAGGGGACAGCAGCUACUACGACGACCGGGACGACCACACGAGCAAGUCAUCGUCGCGCGUAAUCGUCAUCAAUGCCAAGGAGCUCGGAGGCGACUACGUGCGCAAGGGCGUAGCGUACUCGCGCCGCGGCGGCCGAACCAACAAGGUGGUGCAGUGCUGCAAGUUUUGCCACAUCGUCGAAACGUGCUCGAACGAAGUGAUCUACGAAGAGGAGCACAUCUCCGUGUUCCGCCCGCUCCACCCGGCCAACGAAAGCCACAUUCUGAUCGUACCCAAGCAUCACGUGCGCAACAUCAACUACUUGUCGUCGUCUGACCUGUCGCUCCUCGUGCGCAUGAAAGAAGUGGCGGGGUUCGUGCUGUCCCAGCUCGGCUACAACGUGUUCGACUCUCACAUGCAUCUGUCCUUCCAUCGCCCUCCGUUCAACUCGAUCGACCACGUACAUAUGCACGCGAUGAUCCAAGACGUGAAGCCCAGCUCGAAGCUGUCCAAGAUAAACUUUGUCGGGUCGGUCAAGUACAGCACCGGCACGUGGUGGUGCAAGAGUUUCGACUACGUGUUUACGCGGGUCGCAAAGCUGCGCGACGCCGACGACAGCGCGUUGUCGAGAUCUCGACAGAUCAAUCGACAUAAGCGGGCCAAGUCAGCUGUCGUCAGUAGAUAGAACAGCAUGUUAGGGGAGCUGGCUAGUUAACGUCCAGCGCAAGUCGGCAUGCCGCCCUCCCCUGCAAGAAUGCCGCCGUAUGCUCAAAGAGCCACUGUACGUUGAAGUUGUCACGAUCUGACUCGACGUUUUAUCAGUGUGUACAACGUUUUUCUUGAUUCUCGUGACGUUUAACUCCCCUACUGCCAAUUUUUGGCACGUUUUAGACGAAGUAGUAUAUUUUGACGGGUAUUUAUCAGGAAUAUCAAGAUGGGUGUAUUUGGGUAAUAUUUCUAUUUCAAUUGGUUGUUUUCAUUGGCUAAAAGCACUUGCGGACAACAAACUUCGUGUAAGUAACUACCCCAUGGCGACUUUUCCUUGUACGGUGGCGCCAAGAGGACGCGCUGGCAUGACUGCACAAGACGAUAGACGCUGCGCUGUGCUAUCUACGAACCGUUGAACUGCCGCGGUACCGCUGCCGAUCCCCGACAAAUUCUGUGCAUCGACCAAUGAGGA